UAUUAGUUUCUUCUUUUGUUUAUAAUGAAAAUGUCGUCGACAGUGAAUAAUUUACGCAUUACGGAUUGUCGAAAGUUUGCACCAAAUAUAUUUAAUAAGAGUAAAUGUACUAAUUGUUUCCGGCAGAAGGAGGAACAUAGUGCUGAGGCAUUAGAAUCAAAUCGGGCCAGUCGUAAAGUAACUAAGUGUGGUUAUCUGUUUGUGGCACCUGGUUGGGAUUUUUCAGAUCCUUUGAAUCGCACUAAGAGAUGGCAACGUCGAUGGUUUGUGCUUUACGAUGACGGCGAACUAAAUUAUUCUGUUGACGAACAUCCGGAUACGGUACCACAAGCUGUUAUUGAUAUGAAUCAAGUACUGGAAGUAACAAGCGCUGAAGAUGUAACCGGUCACACGUAUAGUUUGGCAAUAACUGCACCAGAUCGAGUACAUUUUGUAAAAGCUUCAUGUCGGGAGGAAGCUCGAUGGUGGACUGACGUAUUAACUGUUUUUACCAGAUCUAAGGGGCGACAUAAACGAAAUGCAACGUUUCCUGGCGGUCAAUCAACGACAAUUUUACAAGGUCCUACAGCUACAAUACGUAGUGGUACACCAAAUCCAAUACGACCUCGUUAUAAUAGUUGUCAUACAGAAUCAUCCACAGCACCUGGACCUAAUUGUGGAAGUAACAACAAUAAUGGCACAACAAAUUGGAAUAAUAAUCCAAAUAAUACAACAAAUCAACAGGACACAAUACCAACACGUGAUAGUGAUUCACAAAAUUUAUCAUCACAACCCCCUACAAAAGAUGUCUUAACUUCGUCACCAACUUUAAUAGAAACUCGAACAGUUUAUAAAGACCAACCUCCAUCAUCCGCUUCACCACCAACACGUGAUAAAAUAAACACUGCGGAGAAGGCACGAUGUCGUCAACGUAAUACCCAACAACGACUUGCUUCUUCUGGUCGUAAUAAUAUGACUACAACUGAUGCUACAACACCAACAUCACAUCACCAUCAAAUUACACCCAUAACACCACCAUCAUCAUUUAAUAAUAAUAACAAUAAUAAUACUUUAUCAAUGGUUCAAAACUCUGAAAACAAUACAAACACUACAACAUCUUCACCAAAAUUAUCAUCACGAACCAAUAAUCAAUCGUCAAAUAGUCAAAUAAAUGUGGAUAAUUAUACAACAAAUUGGAGAAAAAUUAUACCAGAUCCACCGCAAAAAGAUGAUCUAUCACAUCGCAUACUACUCGACGAAUAUGAACAACAGACAAAACGUGAUGAAAAAUUAAAAGAUAUUGCUGCUAUAUUAACUCGCCCAAGAGUGCGACGUCCAACACCAUCCCCUGUACCACCAAAUGGCUCAACAAAUUCAGCACAAAGGCCUACAAGAGAUGGCGAUGUCAUCCACGCCGAACGUGAUAUAAAAUGUAAAUCAUUUUCAGGAGAAGAUUCUCAACAUUCUACCGAUGUUGUUGAUUCAGUUACCGAUAAAUUGUACCGUAAUGAUUCCGAUGUCUAUGGUGGUUUUGUUGAUUUAACGUCACAUCAUCGAUAUUCUCCAAACACAGAAUUACGUGUAGAUCUCCCAGCCGAAGAUUUGUUACAUAUGAAAAAGGGAUGGCUAAGUAAACAGGGUCAUGAUCAACAAUGGAAUAGGCAUUGGUUUGUAUUAAAAGGAGCUGCAUUGACAUACUAUCGUGAUCCACAUGCUGAAGAUCGGGGGAUUAUGGAUGGUGUUAUAGAUUUAAAUGGUGUUACCAGUAUUGUAGAAUUAUCUGUUGCGAGAAAUUUUGGAUUUCAAUUAACGCUGUGGGAUGAAAGUCGAAUUCUUCUAUCAGCAGUAACAUCAGGCAUUCGUAAUAAUUGGAUAGCGGUAUUACGGCGUGCUGCAGGUAUACCAGUAACAACCAGUUCAGAUAAUUCAUCGGAUUUAUCACCAACGCAAGCAAUUGAAAAAGAACCAAUAAUACCAGCAACUCCAAUGACACCACGUUCAAUAUUAUUUUCAUCGGACGAAGAGUAUCGCACUGCUUCUGAAGGUGGAGGUCGUCGUGAAAGUGGUGAAUGGUGUGAACCAUUACCUCCUUCACCGCCAUUAAACCGAACACCAAUAUCACGAGUAAAAGAACGUGCACGCUCUCGAUCCAGUUCAGGUUCGAGAAUAUGUAAACGAUCAAGAUCAUCACCGCCGUCUUCAAGACGAUCGACAAUUGAUUCAGUACGUACAGAUGAUUUAAUGUUACCUUGCUGUGGUGAAGAUCCAGCUGAAGGUGAUCAAACACUAGUUGAAAUGUUGGAAACUGAAGUACGUGAAUUACGUGAUCGUUUAGAAAGUUCAAAUAUUGAUACCAAUGAAAAUAAUUUAAUUAAUAAGGUUCAACAACAAGCUGUCGAAAUUGAAGAAUUAAAGUCAAAGUUAAGUAGUGCUUUAGAUGAAAUUAACAAUACAGAAAAUGAAGUAUGCCGACUUCGAAAAAUUAAACAAGAGGCAGUUUUACGUGAAAAACGCAUGGAAGAAUUGUUAUCAACUUUAGAAAAUACUGAAAAACAAUUAACUGGACGAGCUGAAGAUAUGGAAAUGUUGAAACAAAUGUAUGGUCAAGAUAAAGAUUUAUGGGAGAAAAAGAUUGCUGAUAAUGAGUUUCUAUUACGUGAUGCCGCUGAAAGAUGUGAGUUAUUAAGCGCUGAAGUAAAUGCUGGACGCCAAACAAUUGAACAACUGCAAAUUGAAUUAAAUAAGUUAAGCGAUCGAUUAACGCGUGGUAUUGACGAAAAUGAUUCAUUGUAUAAAAGAAUUCGUGAAUUAGAAUCACGUAACACAAACUUACGGUCAUCACGCGAUAAAGGACGAAGUAUGGAUUCACUAAGUGAUUUAACAAGCAUUGAUUUAGAUUUAAAUUUACAAAAAUUUGAUAAAGAUCGUAUUAUUGAAGAAUACGAAGAUAUGCGAAGCAGAUUUGAAAAAGCCAUUCAAGAGAUACGUGCAAUGAAACGUGAAUUACGUGAAUCAUAUAUAUUAUACGAUGAAUUAGAAUUGACGAAUAUUAAAUUAAAACAAGAUAUGAAAUUACAAGAAGAAAACGAUCGUGCACAAUUAGGUUUAAUGGCAGAACGGAUACAAGAUUUAACAGUAAAAUUAACAGCAUCCGAUAAACAAGUACGAAGUUUAAAACAAAAAUUACAAGAUUCACGUGAAAAACGUCGAUCGUUAUCAUUAAAAGGUCGUGAAUCAUUUGCAAUUGGUAAAGAAGUUGAAGAGAAAUUAACUGAAUUAGAAACAAAAAUUAAUGCAUUGGAAUCGGGUAAAUUACUCAAACCACAUACACGUGCGUUGUCUACAAAUAAACGAUCAUCUUCAAAGCGAGAGGGUAGUGUUGAUCGUCAAUCACCGACAGAAGAACGUAAAUUACGGCGUAUGCAAGCUCGACUGCGUCGAAAAUCUUUAGAUAGUGCAACUAGCUCGGAACCAAUGAAAGUAUUAAUACGAUUAAGUUCAUUAGAAACAAAAGUCACAAAUAUUGUAGAUGAUAACACGGUUCCAACUGUGGCAACAUCAACGGAAUCAAUUAGUGUUUCUGAUAAUGAACUACCUGUAUCACCUUCGCAUAAUAACGAUCGAUUACAAUCUUUGGAAAGUGUAGUCACAUCAGCACGCGAAAAAGUAAAUGAGUGUUUAUGCCAAGUAUCAUUAUUAAAGUCGUCAUCGAAAAGUAAGCGGUCUUCGUCUCCGAUGUCAUCGAUAGAUCGGCGUAGUACUGACAGUUAUCGUUCGAUUGAAAAAUGCCUAACAGAAUUAGGACAAUUAUUGAAAGAAAACAGUACGUUAAUCAAUGAUAAUUCACCAUCGUCAUCGCUGUCAAUAUCCUGUGGCAUGUCUACAACGGAAAUUAAUAACAUUAGUGAUUCCGUUCGUAAUGUUGUUAAAUCCUUAGAAACGGCAUUACGUACUAAAUUAUCAGAUAUUGCGCUACGUCGAAUGGAAUUACGACGUAAUGAACAAUUUACUGAUAAAAUGAAUUUACAAUUAUUAGCUGAAAAAUUAGCUUAUGAAUCAGUUAUAAUUGAACGAAUUCAUGAUGCGCUAUGUGUAAAUAAUACAAAUAAUAACAAUAAUAAUAAUAAUGAAAAUAAAACGUUAUGUAGUCGUUUAAUGAAAACAGAAUUAUUAGAAACUAGUCAUUUAAUAGCAAAUUUAAAACGUAAAAUAAAUGGUAAAUGUUUAAAACGUGCAUAUAGUAGUAAGAUAUCAUUAGAUUAUUUAACAAAAGUAUUAGCAAGUAAAUUAUUAAAAUCUGGUCAUAUAAUAUCAGCUCAACAACAAAUUCAACAAACUAGUGAUGUUACUGAUAAAAUGUUAGAAUUUUUAAUAAGUAAACGAGAUGAAAUUAAUGUAUCAUUAAGUAAAUAUCGUAAUACAAAAAUGGAACAAUUAGCAAAUGCAUUAGCUGCAGAAACGUUAAGUUAUGUAGCUGAAAAUAAUAUUAAUACACCUCCAUCACGUGACAAUAAUAAUGCAUUUGACGAACGUAGAAUUCGAGAAGCAUGGCAAUUAGCACAAGAAACAGUUAAUAAUGAAUUAAUACAAUCAGAAAUAUCACAUGUUAUGAUGCGUUGUGCACAAAUGUAUGAAAAUACUACACAAUAUGAGAAUAAUAUUUUCUUUAGUUUUUAUGCAUCGGAACGUGCUAAUUUAGAAUUAUGGAUACAAGAAGUUGAAAAUCGUUUACGUAAUGAAAUGGACGAAAAUAUUAAAGAAUUAACAAAAUUAUAUGAUCAAUGUUUAUUGAAAUUGAAACGACAAAAUAAUGGACAACAAUUAUGGCGACAUCAUGUUGAACAAGAGCGUACAAUGCAUGAAUCACGUAAGCUGUUAGCGGAAUUUGCUGAUAUUACGGCACAUAAAGCGUUAGUUGAUGCACGUAUAUCAGUAUUGAGUAAAGAUUAUAAACCAGAUUUAAUAAAAUCAGCAACCAGUCAAACGGAUAACGUUAUUGAGAGUUUAAUGGAUGAUGAAAAUUAUAUUUCUAAAUUAAGCGAUAAUGAUUUACAUUUAAAAUCAAAUACAGUUUUGGAUGCUGAAUUUCAAUUCUUGUUUCAACAUUAUUCCAGGGAAUGUAAUACAAUUUUGGAUUCCAAAGAUAUUGGACGUUUAUCACCAAAGGAAAGAAUUUAUAUACAUGAUGUUAUUGAAAAUUUAGAUUUAAUUGAAAAGGAAAUUAUUAAAUUAGAAAAUAAUAUUAACGAAAAAUCAUCCAAAAGUAAGGACGAAAAUAAUGAAAUUAAUGAUUGGGCUGGUGUAUGUGAAAAAUGUUCAAAUUUACAACACCGGUUGGUUGAUUUAACAGCACGGUUUUUACAACAACAACAAUGUCAAAAAUGUGAAGAUUUACAAAAUACUGUGCAUCGUUUAAGUUCGGAACAUGAGGAAAAAAUUCGUACGCUGCAGCGACAUCAAGAAGAGAGUUUAGUUGAGUUACGUGGUGCGUUAGAGAAUGAAAGAGCAUCACAAGCACAAUUAAGAGAACGCGCGCGUAAGUUAGAACGACGAUUGGGUACAUUAGAUUCAGAAUAUUCACAACAAGUGGAAAGUUUACGUGCUGCAUAUAACAAAACAUUAUCAACAGCGGGUUUUGAUCGUGGUCUGCAAGGCGAGGAAAAUAUUCGACAACGAUAUCAAGCAGAAAUUGAACAAUUACGAGCUUUAUGCGAAAAGGGGCUUGUAGCAAUGGAAAAUUCGCAUCGUCGUGUAAUUUCUGAAUUAGAAGAUAAACAUCGUAGAGAACGCGAACAAUUAAGAUUAGAAAAAGAAUCAGCAUUAGCUGAAGAAACCCAAGCAACAUUAGCAGCAUUAGAUGCAAUGCGUAAAGCACAUGAGGCAGAAGUACAACGUGAAGUUGCAAAAUUCAAAUCAGAAUUUGUGAAAAAAAUGCAAGCAAAUCCAUCUGGCCAUGAUUUUGGUUCCGCAUUUCAUAAAGAAAAUGAAGAGGAAAUGGAGGAAAUUAAACAAGAAAUUCUAUCACUUUCUGAAAAAUAUUCAGUGAAGUGUGUAGAAUCAGCUGCACUUGAAGAAGAGUUAGCACGCGUUACAUCACAAUUAGCUCAAGCUCAACAGCAUAUCAUGCAACUUGAUUCAAGAAAUAAACAAUUACGUGCCCACUUAAUGUCUGAGGUAGCAGAAUUAGAUACCAAUUCAUUGUUACGAAAUCGUGAACGUUCUGAUGUCAAUCGGCAACAACCACAAAAAACCAGCAUUGUGUCACAUAUGUCAAGAACGUCUCGACCACUGGAAGGGGCUGUGGCUUGCAAGAACAGCGUGGCAGCCCCUGUCGCAACACGCUCCUCGCGGAACCACCAGCUCUCUCCAUUGCAGAACUGAUUCGGUCUCCUACGAAGAAAAGUUGUCCGAUUGUAACAACAUGCCGCCAACCUAUCUCGCCCUGUCCCCUCGCAGGGAUGGUAGCAGAGAGAAAAAAGCGGUUUGAGCUUCAUUAACAAAAUACAGCUUUCAAA